ACCGGUAGUAACCAAUCCUUUCCUUAUGCAUGCUAGCUAGUACUAGCAUACGGUACGCAGUACUUCUUAGCAAAACAUGCCAAAUUUGAAGUAUUUAGCUAGGUAGCUAAUAGAAGUAUGCAUACUGUCGGUAUCAGGUAAGUCUACUGAAGUUGCCCAAGGCUGGUCUCCCAUGUCCCUUGCAUGUCCAGUCUCCCAUGUUGGCAUAGCUGUUGAAAUCAUGUGGUUCAAGCCAUUUCCAGUCUUUGCCUUCAGUCACCUUCUUAAAAAUAGGGAUUGACGGGUCGACAAACAGACCCCAAAUUAACUUCCUUCAGUCGUUUGCAAGAUCCGGUUUCACCAGGUCCUCUGUCGUUCGAAAUCUGCGUCAAAGAAAGAGGAAAGGCAUCAUUUUGACUGCGGGAGUUUUGUUUUCAUUUCUGAAGUGCAGCUGUUGGCGAGGAGCUGGCCGAAGGAAGAGGAAAGGAAGAAGAAGAAGAAGAAAGGAAGAUGACAGAAGCAGCGGCCGUUGUGUCCAAUGAAGCGUCCUCCGAGAAUAAAAGCGUUGAAGCGGCAGAGAACCUUUCUGUUCCAGUUUUGGUGUGGAGCGAGGUAUUGGCAAGUCCAAGCGUUGGAGACACGUAUUCUCCUGCACGAGAAAUUGGAGACAAGAGUUGCCUUCAUGGAGCAGGACUCCAAAAAGCUCUAGACCAUGGCAAGUCGACGGCUAGAAGCGGGCGUCGGGUGGCUGCAAUGUUGUUGGAAAGUGCCAGUUGCUAUGAACAAUUUGGAGUUUCCCUGAUGAAAGCUUGUCAAUCCAAUCCUCUGGAAGGCGACGCCUUCAAGUCAAUUCUUUCUCUCAGCGAACAAACGCGACAAUUAGCGAUGCUUUUACGAGAGGAAAUUGCCAUGCCGUUGCAAGGCUAUCACACUGCUGUGGGAGACACCAUUCCUGUCAUUUCCAGAAAAUAUGAAGAAUCUAGAAGACCGGCCUAUGAGGCACGGCAAAGGGCCCUUGUCGCACGCAACAAAUACUUGCUGGCUGUGGAAGCCGCAGAACAAGCUUGUAGUGAAGUGCAACAGGCUCUGGCUUCUCCGGACAGGGAAGAAGCAAAGGAGUCCAAAGAAGAAGAGCAAGAAGGAACUAAUUCACAGGAAACCGCCAAACUUGAAUGGCAACGACAAUUAGAGCAGUAUGGAAAAAUCAAUGGACCCGAGGCUAUGGAUCGCGUCACGCAUCAGUUGAACGAUGUUAUUGCUUUGCAGAAACGAUAUCAAUCCUUGGUACAAAAAGAGAAUGCUGCCGUUCAAUUCUCUCAGACAAGCGAAUCCAUCGCCUUGGAAAGCUUGCAGAAAAUACAAGAGCAGCGCCUAUGUACAUUUUUUGACGCUCUUGUACGCACUUUUCGAAUCAUCAAAGAUGCUCUGGACAAACUCAUCAUUUCCGCCGAAGAAAGCAGUAGCUUUGAUGAAUCCUCCAACAAACAGCUAAGAGUUGUACAAAAGAAGGGAGAAUUUUUUUCGGCAUUUUUGAAAGGAGGCGCCUUGCUGCAGGAAAAGACUGGCGUGGCAGAUGCGGACAGUUUGGGUCUGGACGAGGACGUUGGAAAACUACGGGAUGAGAUGAAAACUAGGAUCGCUCAAAGGCUUGCGAGAAUCAAAAAGGUCAAGGUCCUGGCUGCCUUCUUUGACGACGUCUCCUCGGCAGCUGCUAAGCUUGGCAACGACCUUCAAAAGGUAGCCAAGCAUGAAGAUUCGUUCGUUUCGAGCAAAGGGACACCGGUCGAACACCUCCGAACGCUAAUGUCCAAUUGUGAAGGUCCCCGCACCCUCCGUCUCUGGGCAGACUUUAUCAAAUGCUUAGAAAGAGAAGCAGAGUCAUCACAUCAAUUCGCCAGAGUGCUCAAAAGCAUCAAAGCAUCGAAACUGGACAAUUUUCUCGCGACGAGUGAAAAGCAAUGCAAGGAAGUAGCCGAACAGGAUGACACGCGCUGGAAACAACUUUGUGAAGCAGCAAGGACUGCAAUGCGAGCAGACGCCAAGUACAAACACAACACAGCGCAGACAGCAAAAGCCAGAGAAAGAGUUCGGUCGGUCGAUAUGGACAGUACUAGUGUCGAGAGAUCGGGAGCAAAGUCGCCUCUGAAGGGAAGUCGUGCCAUGGACGGAAUGAAAGACGGAAUGAACAAAGCCUUUGGUAACUUCCUCUCGAUACUACCCGACGGCGGGGAAGGUGCAAUGCAAAUCCUCACUCCAGAUGCUAGGCGCGCGGUGGCCGAACGUGCCGCCAAGGAAGCGGACGAAAAGGAAAUGAGGGGGCGCCAAGCACUCGACAACGCCGUAACCUACAAGAGCAAGGCACAGGCUUCGUACAAAUCCAAAACUCAGGCACUGGCGAAACAGUACGAAUUGGAAGAAAUGUCAGGGGUGGAAGAUAUCCAAGCAGCAAUAGAAGGACUUUGUGGAUGCCUUAAAACCCUUCAAAUCAGCCGGUAUACAUCGUUGGAGUGCCUAUCAGAGCUCGGGGAGCAGCCUUUGGAAGCAGCCUUGAUAGAUCUUGACGACUGGGUGAAGGAAACAUCCCUAGCGAACAACAACGCUGUUUCGAAGCAGAGUGAUUCUUCUCCAACUGGUGGUUUCAUGUUGAGUGUUGUUCUCGCCGAUUCGGAAAGUGCCAAACGCGUGCAGACAUUUGCGCAAAUUGGAACUACAGACAGCUUUGAAGAAGAAUCAGAAGACGACGCCAGCGAUGGUGGCGACUUACGGGUCGCAAGCCAGGAUAGUAAUCGAUCUUUGGAGGUCAAGAAUGACGAUGACUUGACAAAAGCGGAUUCAGGCACUGGGCAGCAGGGCAAAAAGUGGCUGCAGAAAUCGUUUUCCACUCCUAUGGGGAAGCCUGGAUUCAAAAAGUUCCGAAAAUUCCACAGCCUGGGCGAACCAGAAAAAGAGAUUGGUGAAAAUGCGGAUGUGGACAUGGCCGAUGACUUGACGGAGUCAUCCACUAUAUCGACAACCAUUGGACCUCAAAACAGCAAGGAGUCCCUCGAGGCCAAUACCUUUUUGGCUUUCUGGCCAGACUUUGAAGGCCCACCUCCUGGCGUCACGCAUUCAUUUACCUGCGUGUUCCUGCCAAAGGACUGUACCAAACGAACGAUUGGAUCUGUCGAAUUUGGGCGAUUGUUUUUGACGCAUCGAGGAGCCGUCUUUGUAGCAUGGCGAGGCAAGAAAUCAGCAAUUGUGCAGUACUCGGCAAUGACUGGUCUGGCGAAGCAAGAUAACCUCUUCAGGCCAGCGGUUGGCGACACAAUGCUCGUCACUGCUCAAAAUGGUGCAUCCCUUUUGUUGGGCAAUUUCGUCCACAGAGACAUGGCCCUGGAUAUCAUUGAAGGUCGUAUUGCUGAGGCUAAGAAAUCCCGUGCCGAAGCCGAGGCGGCCAAAAAGGUCGAAGCGACCAAGGAGGGUGUAUCCGAGGACAAGGAGCCUUCGUCUGCGGUACCAGUUGCUGCCGAUCCCACGCUGGCGAAGAUGGAGACAGUCUUGAAUAAGAAGAUAAGAGGUGUCGCAGUGAACAAGUUUCACGAAAUCGUUUGGUCGGAUACAUCGGACAAUAAGUCCCUUUACGGAAGUUGGUUGGGCUCUGGAAAUUGCUACGACAUUGUUGUUGGACAAUGGGAGACUUCAGGCGAUGCUUUCACGUCGCCUUGGAGCGGAGAACGUUUCAGCCAAAAACGCAGUGUGAGUUUCCAAUUGAAGAGGAACAGUAUGAUUGGGCCUCCCGUUGCCGGGGUAAAUCAAACUCAGUACUGCCGCCUAGACAACAACGAUCGUUCCACAAUGCACAUGACUGUGGAGUUUCAAGGAAUUCCCUAUGCCGACACGUUCCAAGUCGAGGUUCGAUGGGUGGCCACGCGAUCUGGAACUAGAGAUCUCACAGUACAGGUUGGUGUUUUUGUGGAGUUCAAAAAGUCCACAUUGCUCAAGAGUCAGAUAAGAAACGGGACUCUGUCCGAGACCAAGCCUGUGCACGAGAACCUGUUUGCGUUUGUCAAAGAAGCUUUGAGCAAGGAAAUUGCUGCCGAUGACGCUGGUGGGGACGACGAGGUCGAAAACGAGGACGACAACGUGGAGUGCGAGGAGAAAGCGUCUGAAGGUGGCUUGCUGGCCACGAUCAAGAACGUCGUUCCUGAAUUCCUUGCAGAUAAUAUGCAUAUUGUGGCGCCAGCUGCCGGCGUCAUUGUCGUCGGUCUCCUGUGGUGCCUGCCAUCGUUGCUUUCGCCUUCGAAUCCAGAAGUUGCCCAACUUCAUGCCCAGAUGAAUUCCAUGCAAGCUGAAAUGAAGCAGAUGCGAGAAGCGAUACAAGAGUUGACAGCGGCGAUCAAGCAGCAGCAAGGCAACAACUAGCUACAUGGCACAUGCCAUACGGUACCCUUUGGAAAGCCAUUAGAAUAAGAAACCCUCAUAAUAAAGAAAGACUAGUAGAUUGUUUAGUGCCCAAAGUCCCUUUCUCAAUCUACAUC